UGGAGGUGGACAAAACCUAUCAACAAAAGAUUUGGAGAGCAGAGAAAGAGCUCAGCUUUACUCUCGAACAGCUCGCACUAUGUUUUGCUAGUAUGAAUAAGAGAAAUGGCCAAAAAGUCAAUGAAAUGAUCUAUCAGAUGACGAAAGGAGAGCAGAAAUGGGACCAUAUGUGGAGUUAUUAUAGGAAAAUGGGGGAGAUUGAAGGUCUUGGAGACACGCACAGGGUGUGUAUUUUGAAUGGAGAUAUGAUCGAACUUCCUUUUAAGAGGUAGGUGGACUUGGGAUGGAUGUCAGGGGUUUAUGGUGAAGGGGGAGUUUGAUAUUCAAGAGCUUGGAUUUUGGGAUAGGAUGAAGGAAAGUAUAUUUUUGUUGAAUGAAUAGCUCUUUAGUUAACUUAAUUUUGGGUUAUAGCUCUUUGGUGGAACAGAAUUAGCAUUACAAAUAUGCUAUUCUCUUGGAUUAUUGUAAAAUUGUCUUAGAUUUGAGUUGUACACAAUUGCACUAAAGGAUAGAUCUCCAAAUAUCUUCCAAUAACUCUCUCAAAACUAUUUCUGCAAUCAGAAAAGUCAAACUUCAUAAAAAGACCUUAUAUUUAAGCUAGAAUGUCUCAACCAAAAACAUAAAAUUAUGACUUUCCAUUAUGAAAACCUCUCUACCCUUAAAUCAUUGUCAAUAUUCUAAAAACAAGUAAUCCAUUUUCAAGCAAUAAAAUUGCAAGUUUGUCUCCAAAAACACUAAAUUUAAGAACAUUAGAUUCAAAGAUACAAUAUCUAAACUCAAAAAUAAGUCUGCACUGGUGACUUUCCGGAGAGUUUUUGGGCAGUCCUCUUUAUAAGAUAUUUAUUUGUAAAAUUCAGAAAUUCUCAAAAUAUUUUAGAUUAUUUCUGAAGAGAGCAGUUAUCACAUUAAUGGUCAAUGGGCUCAACCCAAAUUGGAGGUUACCAGAAAAGUCAAUCAGCUCAUUAUGCUCGAUGUUAAAUAGAGGACCUGCAUCUGUGUUUAUUAAUUCAUUUGAAAUCUCAGCUAAACAGUUUCAGACAAUAGUCUCGGCUUGCACUAGUUGUAAAUAAAAUCAGAUUUAAUGAUUGAAAAAUUGGAACAGAAAAUCUCAGAUUCAGGACUAGUUUUGCACAAGAUAUUCGGGCAUUAUCAUUUUAUGCUUGUGGACAUUCGGAGAGGAGUAAUUGGGAUGAAUAUCCGGAAAGGAUCUAUAAUUUACUCAAAGCCAUAGCGCAAUCUGGUCUCAAACAGAAACUUCAAAUCUUUGAUUUUCACAAAGCAAAUAUUGCCGUACAAGAUAUGAUUGAUUGGAUAAUAGAACUUGGAUUAGAAAGACUAAAAGUUAUUUAUUACGAGAAAAGGAAAAAGCAUAUUCUCCAUUUAUCAGAAUAAUUGACUAAAUUCCGACAAAGUUUCAAUA